UCCUGCCCAGGGCCUUUAGGGGAGGGUGAGGUGGGGCUGGCCAGCCCGCAGGGUCCACCCUCCGUGCCAGCCUGGGGAAAAUCCUUUGAGGCUCCCGGCUGGAGAAAGGGGGACGGCAGAGGCAAGGGCAGAGCGGGCCACCAUGGCGACACACCCGUCCCACCCCCAGCGGAGGGGCCCCCUCUUGCGCCAGGCCAUCAAGAUAAGGCGCCACAGGGCCAGAGACCUGCCCCAAAUGAACCAGGAGAUCGAGCCUGCCUCGCACCCCUUCUCCUCCGAGGAGCGGACGCUGCUCUACGAGGAGGCGCUGUACACCAUCCUGCACCGCCUGGGGCAGCCUGAGCCGGGCCACGUGAGGGAGGCGUCCGAGCUGCUGUGCUACCUGCAGGAGGCCUUCCACAUGGAGCCCCAGGAGCACCAGCAGCUGCUGCAGCGGGUCCGGGAGCUCGAGAAGCCAACAUUUUGUCUGAAGGCCACGGUGAAGCAGGCCAAGGGCAUUCUGGGCAAGGAUGUCAGUGGCUUCAGUGACCCCUACUGCCUGCUGGGCAUAGAGCAGGGGCUGGGCGCGCCGGGGGGCAGCCCCGGCUCUCGGCGCAGGCAGAAGGCCGUGGUGAGGCACGCCAUCCCAGAGGAGCAGACGCAUCGCACCCAGGUCGUCACCCAGACGCUCAACCCGGUCUGGGACGAGACCUUCAUCCUGGAGUUUGAGGACAUAAGCAAGGCCAGCUUCCAUCUGGACAUGUGGGACAUGGACGCCGUGGAGUCCAUGAGACAGAAGCUUGGCGAGCUCACGGACCUGCACGGGCUGCGGAGGAUCUUCAAGGAAGCCCGGAAGGACAGAGGCCAGGAUGACUUCCUGGGGAAUGUGGUUCUGAGGCUGCAGGACCUGCACUGCCGGGAAGACCAGUGGUACCCCCUGGAGCCCUGCACGGAGACCUACCCGGACCGAGGCCGGUGCCACCUCCAGUUCCAGCUCAUUCACAAGCGGAGAGCCACUGCGGCCAGCCGGUCCCAGCCCAGCUACACUGUGCACCUCCACCUUCUGCAGCAGCUCGUGUCGCACGAGGUCACCCGGCACCAGGCAGGCAGCACCUCCUGGGAUGGGUCGCUGAGUCCCCAGGCUGCCACCAUCCUCUUCCUGCACGCCACGCAGAAGGACCUGUCCGACUUCCACCAGUCCUUGGCGCAGUGGCUGGCCUACAGCCGCCUCUACCAGAGCCUAGAGUUCCCCAGCAGCUGCCUGCUGCACCCCAUCACCAGCAUCGAGUACCAGUGGAUCCAGGGCCGGCUCAGGGCAGAACAGCUGGAGGAGCUGGCCGCCUCGUUCAGCUCCCUGCUGGCCUACGGCCUCUCCCUCAUCCGGAAGUUCCGGUCGGUCUUCCCCCUGUCCGUCUCCGACUCCCCGGCCCGGCUGCAGUCUCUGCUCAGGGUGCUGGUACAGAUGUGUAAGACGAAGGCCUUUGGAGAACUGUGCCUGGACAGCCCCCCGCUGCCUCAGCUGGUGAAGGAGGCCCUUCGGACAGGCACUGUCGAGUGGUUCCACCUGAAGCAGCAGCACCACCAGCCCAUGGUGCAGGGGGUGCUGGAGGCGGGCAAGGCCUUGCUGGGCCUGGUGCAGGAUGUCACCGGGGACCUGCACCAGUGCCAGCGCACCUGGAGCAAGAUCUUCCACAGCGUCCUCAAGAUCGACCUCUUCUCCACGGCUUUCUUGGAGCUGCAGUGGCUGGUGGCCAAGCGGGCGCAGGACCACAUGGCGGCCGUGUGCAGCCCUGUGUCCCCGGAGGUGGGCGAGAGCCUUUUCCAGCUCUACGUCAGCCUCAAGGAGCUCUGCCAGCUGGGCCCGCCGCCCUCCGAGAGGGACGGAGUCCUGGCCCUGGACGGCUUCCACCGCUGGUUCCAGCCAGCCAUCCCCGCCUGGCUGCAGAAGACAUACAACGUGGCCCUGGAACGUGUGCAGCGGGCUGUGCAGAUGGACCAGCUGGUGCCCCUGGGUGAACUGACCAAGCACAGCACGUCGGCCGUGGAUCUGUCCACCUGCUUCGCCCAGAUCAGCCACACCGCCCGGCAGCUGGACUGGCCAGACCCGGAGGAGGCCUUCAUGAUCACUGUCAAGUUUGUCGAGGACACCUGCCGGCUGGCCCUGGUGUACUGCAGCCUCAUUAAGGCCCGAGCCCGUGAGCUCUCUGCAGGCCAGAAGGACCAGGGCCAGGCAGCCGACAUGCUGUGUGUGGUGGUGAACGACAUGGAGCAGCUGCGGCUGGUGAUCGGCAGGCUGCCCUCCCAGCUGGCCUGGGAGGCCCUGGAGCGGCGGGUGGGGGCCGUGCUGGAACAGAGGCAGCUCCAGAACACCCUGCACGCCCAGCUGCAGGGCGCACUGGCUGGGCUGGGCCACGAGAUCCGCACCGGUGUCCGCACCCUGGCGGAGCAGCUGGAGGUGGGCAUUGCCAAGCACAUUCAGAAACUGGUGGGCGUCCGGGAGUCUGUCCCGCCUGAAGAUGCCAUUCUGCCGCUGAUGAAGUUCCUGGAGGUGAAACUCUGCUACAUGAACACCAACUUGGUGCAGGAGAACUUCAGCAGCCUUCUGAGCCUGCUCUGGACUCACACCCUCGUCGUGCUGGUGGACGCAGCCGCUGCCCAGCGCAGCUCCCCGCUGGCCUCCAGCAGGCUGAAGACGGCUCUGCAGAACCUGGAGAUCUGCUUUCACGCCGAAGGCUGCGGCCUGCCGCCAGCGGCCCUGCACACCACCACCUUCCAGGCUCUGCAGAGGGACCUGGAGCUGCAGGCGGCCUCCAGCCGGGAGCUCAUCCAGAGGUAUUUUCGCAGCCGCCUCCGGCAGCAGGCGGAAACCACCUCGGAGGACCUGGGGGCUGUCACGGUCAAGGCCUCCUACCGAGUCUCGGAGCAGAAGCUUCGCGUGGAGCUGCUCAGCGCCUCCAGCCUGCUGCCCCUGGACUCCAAUGGCUCCAGUGACCCCUUCGUCCAGCUGACCUUGGAGCCCAGGCACGAGUUCCCUGGGCUGGCACCCCGGGAGACGCAGAAGCACAGGAAGGACCUUCACCCCCUGUUUGACGAGACCUUUGAGUUCCUGGUGCCCGCUGAGCCAUGCCAGAGGGAUGGGGCGUGCCUGCUGCUCACCGUGCUGGACCACGACACGCUGGGUGCUGACGACCUGGAAGGGGAGGCCUUCCUGCCACUCUGCUCCGUGCCUGGUCUGAGCAGCUCUGAGGAGCCUGGCGAGGUGCCUCAGACCCGCCUGCCCCUCACGUACCCCGAACCCACUGGGGAUCCAAUCCUGCAGCUGCUGGAGAGCCGGAAGGGUGACCGCGAGGCCCAGGUCUUUGUGCGGCUGAGGCGGCUGAGGGCCAAGCAGGCUUCCCAGCAUACCCCUCGGUCAGGGCGGUAG